AUGACAGACGGAGGUUCACACUUUGGUUGUGCAGAAGUAUCGGAAUGGUUUGAAAAAGAGAAAAUAGAAAUUAUCCACACACCAGUACGUUCACCAUGGGUUAACGGAUUAAUUGAAGAUGCAAACAAGAUAUUGAUUGGACAACUAAAAAGACUCUGCGCUACAGGGUACAAAGAGGAUGAAAAAGACUUCGAACAAAUGAACACCCCAUCCAAAUGGCCCCUACAUUUGUCCACAGCGAUAGCUCAGAUGAAUAACCAAGUCCUACCAUGGUUGGGAUUUAGCCAGAGAGAAUUAUUAAUGGGAAUUACACUUACAGGGGCAGAAAAACCGAAAACAACAGAAGAAGGAAUAGUGGAAACUACACCAGAAACAGCAGAAACACACAUGGCCUUUGUUGACAGAUUUUGA